AAGUGGAGCCUGAAGCGGCUAAUUUGCCGUGCUCGUUACGGUGUAUUGCCUUCUCGAGACUACUGUUCCUAGUUGUUUUUACCGUUCUGUAGCUCUUAGUAGUGUUCUAUGAAUACUUUUUUGUAUUUAACUUGUAUCGGCCGGAUUAAAGCAUCUCUGAUCUUUCAGAAAAUAGAAUUCAAUCUAUUUUUCCUUAAUUUUAUAACAUUUCAUUACUUCACUCGAGCAUCAUCCUCAGCUGCCGUUCAUUCGUUUUGUCAGUUGUGUUCGAUCAUUUUGCACAUCAAAGGAACUGGGUUUUUGUAACUAGGGUAAAGCGCUAGGCUAGUUACUUGUUAUAAUUAAAGAAAGACCAAUAUACACCACUAUUAAAUCGAAACUAUCUGAAAAGUAGACUGAGUUUAUGUCUACCUUACUUAUUUUGUCAAUAUUAGUACUGGAAUAAAUUAGAAUGUACAAUACGUGGCAUAAAUUGACCAAUUACUUAAUCCAUGUAUACAAUUCACAACAUCAAUAGAUUAGGCUGUUUUUAAUAGAGGGGUGAAGAUGUAUAGCACAGAGAAGAAGCUCCACCAUUAGACUGCUUUGAAUAAAAAUUACUGUCAAGUCACUGGAAUUUAAAUUUUCUCUUGGCUAACAGUUUCUUAUGAAUUACUAUCAUCCUUGAUGCUGUGUAUUUUCUAGAAAAGGUUCAAUGCAAUUUCGCAAAGUAAUUUGUUACAGUUAUGCACAUAUUCAACCGACUCUAAUCUCCAGUUCAUUUCGCAAUCUGUCGACUUCAUCACAAUUAUUCAAACACCAGCAGCAAAGAUAUCGUGAGGCUAAAGUAACUGUAAAUGAAAAGUCGAAGAGUAGACGAGAUGCUGCUCGUGAACUAUUGAUGAAAACAAAUAGGACGAAGUGGGAGCAGGAAAUGGCUCAAUUAAAUAUUUUGAAAGGUCGAAUUCCAACUUCCGAUACUUACUUAAUAUCUGAAUUUGAGCCGAAAAAAUACAGUUUGUCAGAAGCUGUUGAGCUACUGCGUGAAAGUGCCCAGCCGGAUAUGUAUGAUUGUAUGGAUAAUCCAGUUCGAGUUAAGGUUACGCUCAAUAUGUGUACAAAGAAGAAGACAAGGUUCAUACCGAAAUUUGAAAGUAAUCUCGUUCUACCAAAUAUAUUAGAUUUUAUGCCUGCUCGUCGAGUAUUGGUUAUAUGUCAAAAUUCAGAUGAUCGUGAGGCAUAUUUAACUGCUGGUGCUUAUGAUGCUGGUGGAUCAGCACUUAUUCAACGUAUAAGUCAAGGUCACUACCAUUGGGGUGAAUAUGAUACUGUUGUCGCUCAUCAAAGUUGGGAAAGUCAGGUGACAAAAUUACGACAUAUUUUAAAAGAAAGACUACCGACAAUAAAAAAUGGUAGAUUUGGUGAAGAUAUGAUGAAACUGAUGUCAAUCCAUUCGAAUAGUAUUCAACUGGAAUCAACCUCCAUUGAUGGUGUUCCUGAAAUUGGAUUACUGGAUAUAAUUUUGGGUCAGCUCUCAUGGGAUUUUAAUCGACUAGAAGAGAAUUUACGUAGUUAUUUGGAAUGUAUUGAAUCACAAAAGUCAUCUAGAAUCAUAAAUGAGUUCAUUCAAUCCGGUGAAAUUCAUUGUCCACCAACUGGUGAACGUUUUAUUUUAGAUAUUUCACAAUAUUGUUCUCUUGGUAACAAAUCUAAAGCAAAUCAACUUGUUGAUGAAGGUGAAGAAGAAGAUGAUGAUGAUGAUGAUGAUCAUGAUGAUACAAUUGAUAUGAUGAGUAUACAAAUAGAAAAACAACAAAAUACAAAUGAACUUGAUAUUUGAACCUCUUGUUAUUAACUAAUUAACACCUAAUGUACGUGUACAUAUUGUUAAAAUACACUGAUUUUCCAAUUC